AUGCCACGAUCGACACGCGAUGCACCUGGCAGGCUGAGCUUUGUCGCGCGUGACGUGGGGGCAUCGUCGGCCCGUCGCUCUUCGCGAACCUCUGCAACGAGAGAAGAAAGAGAUGUACGUGUGAGUGCGAGAUCGGCUUCAAGCCAGGCGAGGAUAUCGCACACGGUCAGCCAAGGCGAGAGCCUCGCGACGCUGGCAGUGCAUAAACGCAAAGUCGGUGAUGUGCGGGCAUGGCUCACAGAGGCACUCGAUGGUCCUGCUACUGUAUCCAAGUACCGUCGUAUCUUAGCUCUGACCGGUCCUAGCGGCGCUGGAAAGACGGCAACGCUUCGUGCGUUAGCGAAGGACGAUGCGUUGCACUUUAGUCUCGUGGAAUGGGACAAUCGUGAUGCAUACUACGAUGUAGGGGAGUCACAAUCGGCUGUAGAGCGCUUUAGUGCGUUCCUUCAAUCGGCUUCGCGCUACACACGAUUGCCCUUGCGUACACGACAUACACAAACGUCCUCCGCUUCUCCACGCCAAGUGAUUCUCGUGGAAGACUGGCCCAAUUUGUUUCACCCAGGCACUCGUGACGGAGUGCAUCAUGCAUUGGAACGCUUCCUGACCCAACAUGGCGCCCCUCUGGUGUUGAUUGUGUCGGAUAGUGUGCCCCGUGCAGAAAUGGAGGCGUGGGACGAUUCACAGGCCUCGCAACGACGAGCCGCGCAGAUGGAUGUGCGUGUCGCUGUACCCCUCGCUGUGCGGCAGCAUCCUGCGUUUGCGGAAAUUCGAUUCAAUCCACUGACAACACGUAUGAUUCAAACGGCAUUAACGCCUAUGGCGCCGUCUAUACCCAAGCACAUUGUCGCAGAUAUGGCUGCCGCUGCCUCCGGCGACAUUCGCAGUGCCAUGAACCAAGUAGCCCUAUGGGGGGCAGCAGGAACAUCAUCAGAUGCGUUGGCGCGGCGCGAAUCGGCCUUGGCUAUGUUUCAUGCGCUAGGACGUGUCCUGUACAACAAACGAUGGCACGAUCCCUCGAGAGAUAAAGAGACAUUGUCAGUGUCCCAAAUUCAGCAAUGCGAGCAAGCAGAGCGGAUCGUACAGGUGAUGGCACAGUCGCAGCCAUGGCGGCCCACGUACCGUCCCUCGUUGGUCGACGUAAAUGAGAUGUGGGGUCAAUUGCCUGUGGAUGCAUCGACUUUUCAACUGUAUUUAUACCACAAUAUGCCUGCGUUUACCAAUGAGGUAGACGAGAUGAUGCAUGCGCUCGAUGCACUCAGCGAUGCUGAUGCCUAUUAUACCCCGUCCCACCCUCGCGCCGAGGCGGCCGCUGCGCCGUACCUCUUUCAUGUGACGACGCGAGGUGUCCUCGGCGCGCUGCCGUCGCCAGUCCCACGCCGGGGCCAAACACUCACAAAGCCAGCACACUGGGCCUGGCGUGAACGUCGUGAGCAAUGUGAAGAGGUGGUGGCUCAAGUACGCAUGCUCCCGACCGAUCCCAUGAGACACAGGGACAUCUCGAGUCUCCAGCGUUGUCGUGCAGCUACUCUGGCUACGGAAAUCCUACCACAGACGGCUCCCUGGUACACGCCAUGGACGGUCCUUGCUGCGCCGCUUCUCGCAUGGCACUCGACGCACAACCCGCACGAGGAAGCGCCGCACGAUGAUCUCGACGCUGAGCUCGAGCCGCGGCCCAGGCCGGUGCCUCAGACGUACGCACCGUCCUCCCCCGCCUUUUUUCUCCACACGUGCAGGCGCGCAUCGGAGGCGAGUCCCCCGGCCGACGACGAUGGGGGCUUAUCGGACGAAUUGGAAUCCCUCGAAUAA